AACGACAACAUCAUGGUGGACACCAGUGGGCGCUUGUUUCACAUCGACUUCGGCCACAUUCUCAACAAUAAGAAGAAGAAGUUUGGCAUCACGCGGGAGCGGUUUAUUAAACUCUGCGGGAAUGCCUACCUGGUGUUGCGCCGGCAUGCUCACCUCAUUCUCACCCUGUUUGCCAUGAUGUUGCCCUCGGGUCUGCCGGAGUUGACCUGUGUGACGGACUUGGAGUAUGUGCGAAAGACACUGGCGGUGGAGAUGACGGAGCAGGAGGCUCUGCGGUACUUUAAUGAGAAGUUUGACGAGGCCUACAACGGCGCCUGGACCACCAAAAUUGAUUGGUUCGCGCAUUGGAUGAGGAGUUAA